AUGACAUUUAGGAGAAAUUAUGCCCAUGGACAAUCCAUCAGAAAUAAUGUACAAAAGGAUAAGAUCGGUGCGGCGACUUUUACAAAUGGGAGAAUAUUUUAUCCCGAACUUGCCUAUGUUGGUGGAACACCGUCCUUGACACCACCUCUUCCACCUAGACGUAAUAUUAUCCCAAACUUUAACCGUAACCCAAACAAUCAUUUGAAUUUUAAUCCGACUUUAAGUCGCAAUCAAAAUUUAAACCACAACCCAAACUUUCAUCCUAACGUUAAUCCAAAUCUCAAUAGUAAUAUUAGUUUCAAUCACAACCGUAACGUUCCUGAAAACUUUAGAAGGAAUUCAGCUUUCACAAAUAAUCUUCAAAAUCGGCGACCAGAGCCCAUGGAUGUAGAUAAUUCAAUCCAAACCUGCCAGGUCGAUUACAUGAACAGACCACCUAACAAUUUAGCAGUAAAAAGACCAGCAACAUCUUUUCAAAUUCCAGUGAGUAAAUUUCAGCGAAAUUUCAAUAUAAAUGCUGAUUGUACUCCGAAGGAAACCUUCUAUGAUUACUAUCGGCCGGAAGAUGGUAAUAUGAGCCAUCAUAACCAGAACGUGGAUUUUGAAUAUGAUGCUGAUUACUUUCGUCAAAUUCCUGAGGAAGUAACAACGCUCGAAAAGAAAGAAGAAGAAACUAAUGAUGUUCAGCCUGCUGUUAAUUUUUUAGAUUAA